AUGAGCAUGAAGCCAGAACGUUCCAUCUCUAACUGGAUACAUAGUAAUGUGGAACGGGCUGGAAGAAAUCUCUUCCAGGUCAACGGUCACCGCUCUGCUCUAUUACCGGAACUACCUCAGGAUUACCACAGAGCUUCAAGGUCAGUCAACGGAUGUGAGACUAAAAUGGACAGCACCCAAGGUACCAAGGUUUUGCCGGCUGAAGAGGGAAAAAAUGAAGAAGAUGGAGGACAGGUGGAGUCGGCAUUGGGAGCCACAGCCGCAAGGGGUAGAGGAAAAGAAGCAUUAAAUGGAGAGAGUCCCGCCGCUGCUGGCACUGCAGGCCUUGUAGAGGAAGACAGGAACAAGGAAGAUGGUGGCACCAAGGGAGGUGAGAAGAAUGAGCAGGAAGUGAGGGAGCAGAUUCCUGAGCAUGUUGAAGGAGAGAGUGACCAGGCUGAAGCGCCAAGGCAGGUGCCACGACGUCGAUUGCACCAUAGAUUCACCCAGUGGCAGCUGGACGAACUGGAGAGAAUUUUCCGGAUGAAUUAUUUUCUCAGUCUAGAAGCAAGAAAACAACUGGCCCGAUGGAUGGGUGUGAAUGAAGCCAUAGUGAAGAGAUGGUUUCAGAAGAGGAGAGAACAAUACAGGUGGUAUAAGAGGCUAUAA